AUGGGGGAGAUCUAUUUGGACAAGGCGCUCGGGUUGCUGUCUUCGGACAAGCAGAAGGAACGAGCUGAUGGCUUAGCAGAUCUCAAACACAUUCUGCAGCAGAACAAACAGAGCCCUAAGCUACUGGAGCUUAGCGAUAAAGCCUGCCACAAGAUAUUUGAAGCUCUCUUUCGCUUUAUUGCGGUUGAGCGAUCGAUUUACAUCCGCGCCCAACGAUCGAACACCAAAAGCCCGUCAACCACCCGGUUGUCAACAUGCGCCUCGGUGUUUCGCAUAGCAGUCGACACCUUUCUGCGCAACAUCCGAGCGAAAACAGUGCGCGCAAUCCUUGAUCAUAUCACUGAGACAAUACCAGUUCCUGGGGAAGGCCUGUGGGAGCCGCUAAGUGGGGACUACACGAAAUGCUUAACGUCGCUUCUUCAAUACCCUCCCCAUACUGAGCAUCUGGGCGAUGCAGACUGGGAAAGGCUCAUUGAUUUCUGCCUCGAUGCGAUAACUAUACAAGAGAGCAGCGACGAGAGCCAACUCAGCAUCCGCAGUGGACACCGGUGUGCACCCGAAGAUCUGCUGGAUGCAAGUGAUGGCCGCUCGACCCCCCAAAGGAUGACACCCGCCCAAGGAAAUAGAGAGAAAUUUGUGGGCGAUAGAAAUACCGUCGGAGAAGUCCUAGCGUGUACCCAGCUUCUGACAUCAAGUCCCAGCGCCCCCAUACAGGCUGCUGCGGAGAGCAUCCUUCAAGGGCUUGUUGAACUUGUCAGAUCACCAUCCUUGAAGGCCGGAAAUGCACAGCAGCUGGCGUUCAGUAGUAUCAAUACAGUUGUUUCCAGAAUCUUGUUCGACCAGUCCGAGCUGGCUCGGUCGACUCUGACGGAUCUGAUCCCAGUAAUUCGACGCCUGUGGACCACUAAGCUCCAGAGCCUGAAGGAUGAGCUUCUUGCCACAACCAUGCUGUGUCUGGUCAUUUUCGCGGAUGCAGCUCAUAAGAACCCGUCUGAUUCGCUUGUCCGCUCAAUUGAGGGACUGGCAAGCUCCAUCCAGGCCGAAUAUGUGAAGCGGGCUGAUAGGGAAUUGCUCCAGGUUGACGAGACGGUCUUCUACCAAAAAAGAGGAAAAGGAAAUGGACCUGUCUAUGGGCCUCGCCUGGGAAAUUCUCGAUCAGAGCACAACUGGACUGUGAUAUGGGCCCUUGCAAACUUGCUUAAACUGGCCGAAAAAGCCGCUGUUCAGGAGCCCGAUGAAGCCGAUUCUGAAGAGCUCUCAAGCAAGAGACAACGUCUCACAUCAGGCAUAGAUGAUGUAUUCCGUGAUGCAAUAUCUGGAACAGGCGCGCAGAGGAUCUGCGCCCUGCAAUUAGUCCCUUUCCUUGAGGCCGAUGUCGACAUUGACACAAAGGAUUCUUUUGUUCAACGGGCUAUCCCGAGCAUUCUCGAUGACAACAGCACAAUCUCAACUUGGACAUUGAUAGCACUGACAAGUGUCGUUGAUGGCCCAAGUGCCCGGCAUCAUCAACUGAAAGGAUACUGGCCGCAAUCUGUGGAUCUCGCAACUCGUACCUUCUCCUCUUCUGUAACUUCCAGAGCGGCUUGCAAUUUUUUGCGUACAAUACUCGAGGCAGAUCUGCUGGAAUACUCCUUCGUGUCAGAGAACAUACGAUCAUUGCUCUCGUCCGCGAAUUUGAAUGGUCCUUCCGCCAUCUCCGACUCGGCUCUGCAGAUGUGGGCAUCGAUAGCCCGGAAGAGGUUACAUCUGAGUCCUGGAACAGCUCAAAAUGCGUCACAGCAAAUUUGCAGUUGGCUGAGAGAAGUAUGGACGAUUGGUAAUCUCACAGAUCGACUUCAAACUGCUCAGAUCGCCAUGUUUGCCCGCCCGCUCAAUCUACUCGACUUGUUCAUGGCAUGUACUAAUCGACAUUUCGAGAUUCCUGAUCUCCGACAUUAUGGGCCGUCGGGCUUCGUGGCUCGGUUUUGGUUCUACUUCCAUGAAAACAAGGAACUCCUGCGAUAUAUGUUCAGCACAGGUAGUGCUAUCAUGCAUUCCAAUCCUUGGAACCAUGGAGACUUAUGGUCCUUGAAGCCCUCGGCUCGCCAAGAUCCAGAUGAUACCGUGAUAAUUGAAAUGUUGCGAGCAAAGUCUGAGACGUUCCUGCAAUCAUGGAAGACGAUAAGCGAAGACAGAUCGCUUCACAUCACCGCGGACGUUCUGCAAAUCUUGAUCUCUUUCUGCAUUGUUUGUUCACUUUUUGGGGCAUGCCUUCCUCGGCAGUCAAGCUCUCGAGUGCAAGGUCUUCAGCAGAACUGUAAUGCUCUAUGGACUUCCAUUUGCGAGCAUUUGUCAAUACACGAGUCGACUGCCAUCCAACCGUGUCUUGAAAUCCUAUCACCAAUUCUCGCUUCAGAGUCCGAAAUCGAGUUGUCCGGCAUUGGGGCCUCUCUCCAUCCACUUCUUGGCCCGUUGGCGGCAAUCCUCGAAAAGCUUCGCCAAGGCUUGAAAAGGGACGCGCCUAAUCAGAUAGAUAUCAUGGACCUGGACGACCGCUUGACCUACCAAGGAGAUGAGGUCUUCACCAACCAGACAAUUCUUGCCUCCAACCGAGCGGCGACUUGUCUCUUCUCUGACAUUGCCACAUUUCAACGCUGCGAGACCCUUCGACUGUCAAUCUUGUUGAGAGCACAAAUUGAGAACAUUGCUGAUGAAGUUCCGAGGUCAACUAUUGUGGAGUAUCUCACAGACCUGGACGAGUCUGACCUUUUAUCCGCGCAAGGAAUUCUCCCUGCAGUUUAUAAAAGGUGCUCCAAGUUGCAGCGGGAUGACCUGAUUCAAGUUCUAGAGGACCUUGGUGAGAAAUGUCUACAGUCAUAUGAAAUGGAGCGUUGCGAAGCUUCACACGACAUAUGCAUUCGCAUGAUGACGGCUUUCGUUGCGGCGUGGACAGAUUCACAGAAUGACGGCUUUAACGAAUCGGCCAUGGACUUGUACAGCUGGUUCAUGGAGGCUUUGCUUGCGAAGAAGAGGGCAUCAACUCAUGUGUAUAUUGCUCUUUCGGAGCUUGUACAGGCUGUCCUCGAACUAUGUCACUCAUAUGGCAGUGAACAGACCCUCCCAUCUCCACGAACCACCCUUUUCAUGAUCCUGCAAGAGGGUGAUGUUCAAGUUAAAUUUAGCAUUGCUGAUUUUCUACCAACAUUGUUUGAACGAUUCCUCCUCAAAGACCACGACGCAAUCUUUGAUGAUGUUUUGGCAAACCUGCCAAGAGAUCCAGAUUGGAUCGAGGGGAUUGCUCUUCGCCUUCUUGUCCUAUCAAGACUGGCCUCUAAGUGGCAUACCUUACUGCGAAGAAGCAUCUACCAUAUGUUUGAGACUCCAGCCCAAGUUCCGAACUCCCUCGGAUAUGCUCAUAUGUGCAUGGUAUCUACAUCGACAUCUCUUGGCUUGAGGGAUGGAAGAGAGUUGUUCCGUCUGUUCGCUUCUCAAAUACUCUACACUUGGACCGAGACCCAAAGUGUUAUGUCCAUGCCGUAUCGCAUUUUUGGAUAUGGCACCCUUCAAGAAAUGCUCAUCGACGUGAAAGAUGAGGUCGUUGGACAGAUGAUGAUGCGCGGCAAGGAAUUAGAAACCCAGGAACUUGCAAGCUACCUUGAAAUACCUCAUGUUGAACUUCUUGAGACAUCAUUUCAUAAAGCUGAGGCAUACAGUAUUGCACGAGACAUCAGCACACCGCCCGAGCAGGGAAGUCAACCCAAGGGUGUUGAAGUUCGACUGAGGAAGUUGCUUGGACAGGAGAGUUUUAUGAGCCGAAUAGAGGAAAAUUUCCCGCAGAUCAUCGCCACUUUUUUCAGGACUCUUGAUCGACAUGAUCAGAUAGAACGAGCAAUUUCAAAGCGUCCUAGCUUUCGCCAUGCUCUCGAUAUCCAAACCCAAAUUAGUCUGAAAUGUGCUUCACAGAAUUCUCUGCCUGCAAAUCAACAACCGUCAUUCCGAGCUCGCUACCUACUGGAUGAGCUCGAAUUUUUGUGCAAACGUGCGGGCUUUGAGCUUGAAUCAAUAUGGUCACCAGCUCUUGCUACAUAUGUCUGUCGCUCUCUCCUUGAGACCAUACACCCUGCACUGGGAUCUCUGCAUACGUGCUCCGUUAUACGAAAGAUGAGGGUUCUUCUCUGCCUUGCAGGACCAAUCAUGCUGGAAAAUUACCAAUUUGAGAUGAUCCUCAAUGCUCUUCGUCCUUUUAUCGUCGAUGUCCACUGUUCUGAAGAUGCCCUCGGCAUCUUUUGGUACCUUCUUGAGGCAGGGAAAGCUUACUUGUUAGCGAACCCCGGCUUCACAGCUGGCAUCUGCCUUUCGACAUUGGUGACACUCCGAAAGCUCUUUUUGUCAUCCCCGGAAAGUACCACACAGCAGAGUCAGUUUCAAGCUGUGCUUUCGAUCGCACAAACCUUCCGCGAGUGGCUCUGUCAGUUCAUGGACAACUGCCAAGGUUCAGAUUGGAGCACUGAAACCAAGCAAUCGUUUGCAGGGCUGCUGGACUUGGCACGGAAGCUGCCUUCCUUAAUGAACUCCUCAAAUGCCCAAGAUGAAAAUGACCUGGUCUUUGCCAUCCUCAGAGAUCGCGAUUCCACCCAGUCUCUCUUGAGUAAGCCAACUGCAGAUCUGGUGCUCUCUUUACUUUGUCCCGAAUUCAAGGAAAAUAGGACUGUGAACAAGAGCAGCUUCGAGAUUAAUUUGGAUUCUGAAUCACUUGUCUUUUCACUCUGGGAGACACUGCACAGGUUUGAAGACGGCCCCGAGUACCAGCUGUGGGCUGGUCGAAUUAUUGGGCGCUCCUUUGCUGCUACGGGCAAAAUCAAUGAAAGAUUAAUGCGCGAGCAAGAGAAUUCUUUGUUCCAAAGACCGGAAUUGAGUGACCACUCGGAUCUCGCUCACCGGUCGAAGAUUACUAUUCUUCGACUUCUCUGCAGCAAGCUUCAGGUCCAAGAUCAUGCAGAGACUGGCUUAAUUGAGAGGACACUCCAGGUUAUUAUCAGCCACAUCACAGAUGCCGAUGAUUUUCAGGCGUACGUUGAUAUCAUUCCCGAGUCACUUAUGCCGGCUCUUCUUUGGAAUCCGUAUUCCUGCCCGAAAUUGUCCCUUCCGGCAGCCAAGGUUGAGAUAUUCGACCUUGGCCUUCAAGAGGCUGCUCAGCAUUCACCUCUUACCGACUGGGCCCGCAAUGCUUCACUCUCUUUGUCUAGUGCCGCCCCGCAUGAUCCCGUCAUUGGCCCAUUGCGAGCGGUUCUAGAUACAAUCCCAGGACUGGCAGUUCAGGCCUUGCCAUAUAUCAUCCAUGAAGUGCUACUCUCCGAAGAUAAAAGAGAAAGUAGACUUCGGCAGGCGAUCUCUGGACUAUUCAAAGACAUUCUUGGCAAAGUCACUGAAGACACAAUGCCGCAUACUCGACUUGUCAUCAGCUGCAUAUUGUAUCUUCGAAAUCAGCCUAUUCCCGGUGAAUCAACGAUCGUUGAUCGUGAUAAGUGGCUUGAAAUCGACUAUGGGCAGGCAUCUGCAGCUGCCCAUCAAUGUGGACUGCAGAAGACAUCGCUUCUUUUCCUUGAAAUCGAGGCAUCUAGGGUCAUUUCAGGAUCUCGCCGCGCCUCUGUGGCAAAAUACGAACCACCCGUGGAGCUUCUGCAUGAUAUCUUCAAAAAUAUUGAUGAUCCGGAUCUUUUCUACGGAAUUCAACACAGCUCAUCUCUGCCAACCGUCAUGGAGAGGCUAGAGUAUGAAAGCUCAGGCUUGAAAAAUCUUCUCUUCCAGAGCGCGCAGUACGACAGCGAAGUUCAGAUGUCUGAUAAUGCAAAUCCUUUUGGGGUCUUAAGAGCCUUGAACGCGACCAAUCUUCAAGGAAUAGCCAACACAAUGCUGUCUGCCUCUGGCAGUGCGAAUAAUAUGCCGGCUUCUUUCGGCAGCAUGCUACAAGCCGCAACAAGUCUCCAGCAGUGGGAUAUUCCAGUCUCAUCAUUGGAUGUUUCACCCUCAGCGACUGUAUUCCGCGCAUUGCAGAGCUUGAACACAUCGGCAUCUCUAUCCGAGGUUAUUCUGUCCCUGGACAACUGUCUGCUGACAACAUUAAAGACUCUCAGCGAGAGUGGUCAAUCCACAAUUGAGUUGCGAAACACGAUGCGUGCACUUGGGAUCAUGACUGAGAUAAGUGACGUUCUACAAGCCUCGUCAACUCAAGAGAUGAAAGACGAAUGGGAGAGGAUUAUGGACAGGAGCAGUUGGUUGAAAACUGAAAGCUAUACCGAGGUCGGGGAGAUCUUGAGCUGGCACGAGGCAUUGUUCUCUUCCAUUAGGAAGAAUGAGUUCCUGACGUCCAAGUCAAACUUGGGCCCAGGAGACGCGCGCCUACUCGAGGCGAAGGUUUUCCGCCAGUCGCUAGAUAUUACUAGGAGUCAUGGUGUUGCCCAGGCAUCCUUGAAAUCCGCAAUCAGCUUGUCAAAGCUUGCCGAGCCUUGUGCUGACUUGGGAUUGAAUAUUGAGGGGGCAGCGAAAUUUGACCUUGCCAACGUUCUUUGGGACCAAGGGGAAAUGACUGCAUCGAUCCGAAUGUUGCAACAGCUGAAGGGACAAAGUGACUUGCACAAACAAGCUAUUCCGCUCAGUCGUGCUGAAUUGCUCGUAACCUUGGGACAUCACGUCGCUGAGGCCCGACUAGAGAAGCCAGAAUCAAUUCUCCAAGACUACCUGUACCCGGCUGUCAAGGAGCUAAAGGGUGCCUCGGAAGGGGAGUCCGCUGGGCGGGUCUACCACGGCUUCGCAAGUUUCUGUGACCAGCAACUCCUGAAUGUCGACGGAAUGGAAGACUUCAAACGAAUCAAACAACUGCGUGAUCGCAAAGAAAAAGAACUCCUUGGCCUAGAAGACAUGAUGAAGAAUGCAGAAGGUCGAGAAAGAGAAUCUCUCAAGAUCUUCCGUGCCAAAGCAAAGCAAUGGUUUGAUCUCGAUGACCGCGAAUACCAGCGUCUCUUACGCAGUCGGGAGGCUUUCUUGCAACAGUGUCUUGAGAACUAUCUGCUUGCCCUGCGGGAAAGCGAAACUUACAACAACGAUGCUCUCCGAUUCUGUGCAUUGUGGCUCGACAAAUCUGAAAGCAAGACUGCCAACACGGCAGUAUCCCGAUAUGUCAAUGAUGUGCCAAGCCGCAAAUUCGCACCUCUCAUGAAUCAACUAUCGUCUCGCCUGCUCGAUGUUUCUGAUGAUUUCCAGUCUCUUCUCACUAGCUUGGUCUUCCGAAUCUGCGCUGAACACCCAUUCCAUGGAAUGUACCAGAUUUUCGCCAGCAGCAAGUCAAAGGGUGGCAAAGAUCAAUCCUCGCACUCUCGCUUCCGAGCUGCGAACAAGCUCGUGGACCGCCUGAAGAACGACAAGGAUAUUGGCCCGACCUGGAUUGCAGUCCACAACAUGAACAUUACAUACGUCCGUUUCGCCAUUGACAAGCCCGACAGCAAAUUCAAGACUGGUGCGAAAAUUCCUCUGAAGAAACUCCCCACCGGUGAUCGCCUGGGGAAGGACGCCGAGACUUACAAGCUGCCACCACCCACAAUGAAAAUCGAGCUUCGUGCAAACCUCGACUAUAGUGAUGUUCCUUCGAUUGCCAGAUUUAGCUCUGAAUUCACGCUAGCGUCGGGUGUCAGCGCACCCAAGAUUGUGACCGCUGUUGCCACCAAUGGAGUUCGAUACAAGCAACUGUUCAAAGGAGGAAACGACGAUCUCCGGCAGGACGCAAUCAUGGAACAGGUAUUCGAGCAAGUGAGCAGUCUUCUAAAAGAUCAUCAGCCUACACGCCAACGGAACCUGGGAAUUCGAACCUACAAGGUUCUCCCGUUGACGCUGAACGCUGGAAUCAUCGAGUUCGUCCCAAACACCAUUCCUCUGCACGAUUACUUGAUGCCCGCACAUCAGCGUUAUUUCCCGAAGGACAUGAAACCCAGCGCCUGCCGGAAGCAUAUUGCAGAUGUGCAGACCAGGUCAUUCGAACAAAGGGUCAGAACCUACCGUCAAGUUACGGAGCACUUUCACCCCGUGAUGAAGUACUUUUUCAUGGAGAAGUUCAGCAAUCCCGAUGACUGGUUCAGCAAACGGUUAGCAUAUACACGAAGUACUGCUGCGAUCUCCAUUCUUGGUCAUGUUCUCGGACUUGGUGAUCGACAUGGUCAUAAUAUCCUGUUGGACGAGAAGACAGGAGAGGUAGUGCACAUCGACCUGGGUGUGGCGUUCGAACAAGGACGCAUUCUCCCUGUGCCCGAGGUGGUUCCCUUCCGAUUGACACGAGAUUUGGUCGAUGGGUUUGGCAUCACCAAGACAGAAGGCGUGUUCAGGCGCUGCUGUGAGUUCACACUAGAAGCACUUCGGCAAGAGUCGUACAGCAUCAUGACCAUUCUUGAUGUGCUCCGAUAUGAUCCAUUAUACAGCUGGACCGUGUCUCCGCUGCGAAUGAAGAAGAUGCAAGACAAUCAGGACGCUGGUGACGGGCCACCUCUUCUGCCUGGCGCACAAGACAAGCCUGUCACCAAUGAACCAAGCGAGGCUGAUAGAGCUUUGACUGUGGUUGCCAAGAAGCUGAGCAAAACCCUGAGUGUCACUGCCACGGUCAAUGAGUUGAUCCAGCAAGCAACUGAUGAGAAGAAUCUCGCGGUACUGUAUUGUGGUUGGGCGUCUUAUGCUUAA